GCUCGAGUUCGAGUUUCGAAUUUGCUUUUGGUUGUUGGUAUAAAAUAGUCAGCUGACCGGGGACAGGGCAUCAUUCACCCCGAGUUCAUCUUGGCAGUUGCUGGUUCUGUUUUUUUGCUGGGACGCAGUUCUGACUUCGAUACGCAAUCAUGAAGGCGUUCAUCGUGUUUUCAAUGGCACUGGCGAUCGUUGCUGGUGGAGCAGUCGGCGGCAAGAAAGAAAGGCGAGGAUUGUGGGAUUUGGAGUCGGACAAAAAUACCUGGGAUGGUCAGGGAUACCAGCAAGCCGAAGUUAGCCAUAUAACCAUUGAGAAACAGGUCCCUGUACCCUACCCGGUCGAGGUUGAGAAGAAAGUGGAAGUGAAGGUACCCUAUCCGGUGGAAGUGGAGAAAAAGGUUCCCGUUUUCGUGGAAAAGAAGAUCCCAGUCUACAUCGAGAAGAAGGUUCCAGUCCACGUGGAUCGUCCAGUUCCCUAUCCGGUGGAAGUGAAAGUUCCCGUCGUCCAGAAGGAGUACGUCGAAGUGCCGAAACCGUACGCAGUUCAUGUUGAGAAGAAAGUCCCGGUCUACAUCACGAAGCCAGUUUACAUCAAAAAGACCGUCCCGGUGACCAUUCGCAUCAAAACCAAGGAGAAGCAAUUUGGAUAAGCGGGGUUACCGGAUCGGAUCGGCUUGGCAGGAGAUGAAGCGAAACAGACUGAACAAAGAUGUUUUAUUAUAUUUAAACUAAUCUCCAUCACACUGUUUUACGGUAAGCAUAUAGUGUGAAUUAAAAAAAAUCAGAAAUGAACCUGGCAACACUGUAAUCGAUCACCGAGAAAUUGUGUCAAUUGCAAAAUAUAUUUUAAAUAUUUCAUUACAUUUAAGAAUUUAGAUAAUAAGUGUAUGUGUUUUGUGUUUACUCAAUGUAGAACCUGGAUCUGAAGCAAUGUUCGCCAAACAACAUCAUGUGCUAACAAAU